GGUUUCCCGACGCCGAGCCACUCUGCACUAAGUCAUGUUGACGGCAGCUUGGUUGGUCAAGGGGGCUGCCUGUGGGUGGGGGCUCCUGAGGAGCGCGAGCCCGGGGCGACCCGCUAGAGCCACCGUAGCAGCGGCGGCGAGAAGACUAAGAGAUGGCGCGCGCCACAGCGACCCUCGAGCAGCGUUCGCGGCCUCCUUGGAUGGCCGCGCGGCAGCGCCCCCCUCCACCAUGACGCUAUGCACGGAGCCCCGCCAGCUCCUGCGCGUGCGCCCACCUAGCUCGGAGCUGCUGCCCGUCGCCUCCGCCUCGACCUGGGCUCCCCCUUGCUGCUGCUGCUGCUGCUCUCGUGGGGCUGGACAGCUGCGGCGGUCAAGCAGCAGCGAUGAGGGCGCGCCUCGGCGACCGGCAGGGCCCUCGGAGCACGGCGCUGGAAGAGCGAAUCGCCGUGGAGACUCUGAACUGUAUGAAAAUCCUUGGACAAUCCCAAACUUACUUUCAAUGGCAAGGAUUGGUCUGGCACCAGUUUUGGGCUACUUGAUUGUUGAAGAAGAUUUUAAUAUCGCAUUAGGCGUGUUUGCUCUGGCUGGCAUAACAGAUUUGUUGGAUGGCUUCAUUGCACGAAACUGGGUCAACCAAAAAUCUGCUUUGGGGAGUGCCCUGGACCCUCUGGCUGAUAAAAUUCUUAUCAGUGUCCUGUACAUUAGCCUAACUUGUGCAAAUCUUAUUCCAGUUCCUCUUACUUCUAUUAUCAUUUUAAGAGACAUUGCAUUGAUUGCUGCUGUUUUCCAUGUACGAUACAAAACUCUUCCUCCACCAAGAACACUAAGUCGAUAUUUCAAUCCAUGUUAUGCCACUGCUCAGUUAAAGCCAACAUUCAUCAGCAAGGUGAACACAGUAGUGCAGCUAAUCUUAGUGGCAGCUUCUUUAGCAGCUCCAGUUUUCAAUUAUGUGGACAGCGUAUAUCUUCAGACCUUAUGGUGCAUCACAGCUUUCACAACAGCAGCAUCUGCAUACAGUUACUAUCGCUAUGGCCGAAAAGCAAUUCAGGUGAUCAACAGCAAAUGAAGUCUUGUGGAGCAACCGCUCACAUCCUACUCGGUUCAUGUUGGAAUGGCGUUGCCUGCAUUCCAUUUGAAUGAUGGAUAAAGAACUCUCCUUUUGAUAGCUUUGCCUCAAUGAAACCAUGUCUUCAUAGUGGAGCUAAUCUGAAGUUAAAAUGAAGUAUGGAUCAUGUAAAUAUGCAGAAUUUUCAAUGUAAUUUUUCAAUUUCUUACAAAUAAAAUAUAAUAUUUUUUAUCUUACUGUACUUAAACACAUGCGGAGGUUUGUCACCUUAUAUCAUGUGUUUUUGUUCAUUGCUUUUCAGAAGCUUGCAUUUUUGCUGGAUUUGGGGUUGUUGCACUAUACCAAUACAUCUGAAUUGAAAUGGAUAUUAAGGCUAUCUAUGGAAUACUUGGUACAAGCAAAGCCCAGGUGAAUGCCAGUAGCUGACAUCCAUACUAAGUUACUCAUGAGUAGUCCCAUUGAAAAUGAUGGACAAAAUAUUAAUAACAGCUCAUUAACUUCAGUGGGGCUUCUCAUAAGUAUCUUGGUCUGGAUGUCAGCCAGUGUAUUUAGGACCAGAUCUGGUCAAUUGGGAUAGCAUAGUGAUGUAACAGAGCAGGCAGGAAAGCUUGACAUUAUAGCACUUUGAAUGUUAUGGUUCUUUGUAAACUUAACAUAGAAUUGUGAUACGUUUUCCUGAUGAUGUGAUUGAUAUGCUGUACUAUUAGAACACUCUUCAGCAGCCCAGUCCUCAAACAUGCUGUGCCAGCAUGUAAGUACAUAGGAAAAGGCAUCCUUAGCUUUGCCGGCAUAUCAUAAAACAUGACAUUGCUACCAUGCUGCACUAAUAUGUUGGUGCAAAUGUUGUGGAUCAAACUGGUGAUGGAAGCAAGGAACCCUGAGCCUUUGUGAUAGGACAAGCUGAGAAUUCUCUAUAAAUAAGAUGUGAUUAUUAAACAUACUGAAAUAAGGAAAACAUGGUUGUAACACUGUGCAUAAGAGACUGAGCUGUGAAUCAGGAUGUCCUUGUCUUGAAUCUCACUGAAUUCUGACCGAAUUCCAACCGAACCAUGGGUCCCCGAACCAGUUCAAUCAAAUCCACCUGCUGGGUUGGUGGGGUCAGCUAAGCGGUUUGCGAUUGAACUGCUUGAACCAGCCCAGUUUGCGGUGGACCAGUUUGCAGUCAGUCUCAAGCUCUAUGAUUUGAUGGAUAUGCAAUACAAACUCAUGCUAAGGGUUGUGUUAAACCUAGGAUUUUUCUGGAAGUGAAUGACAAAGAAUAUGAGCUGACUGCUGGCCUAUGCAAAUAUGCUGAUGCUUUGAAUAAGAGUUGUGAUGCAUUUCUUGCAUUUCCUGUCUGAAAUGCCAUAAAAUAUUUCCAAGGACAGUGUGUUCAGGCAUGUGACAUUUUUUGCAUGUGGUAAGUAAAGUAUUGAGCUGUAAAGGGGUUAAACAAACUGAAAAUGAGUUUAUGCACAUUGGAUUAUGCUGCUAUCCUCCCAAAACUGAAUUUAUUGUAGCAACAAAGGCCAGUGGAGUGGAGGUGGUUGUCUCUGUAUAUAAUUUUUUAAAAUUAUGUUUUAUAUAUUUAAGCUUCUACAAAUCGAGUACACAAAAAAGAUCUUUGAUACUUCAUGCAAUCUCAGGAUGCUGCAGAACUGUGUCUUGCAGUAUAAAAAACAGAGAAGGAAAGCUUUUAGUGUAGAGUUAUGAAGAGAGGAUUUCCCCCCGUUUAUCAAGACAAAGUGGAGCAUGGCAUACUGUAGAAGGUAAUCAGGUACAUUCAACUGGAUAAAAAUAAAUGUGUGUUUCUGAAAGUUUAGGAGAAUUGAACAGUGAAUGACAUCUUGGAUUUGCAGGAUUGUCAGCAGUCAGUGCCUCUGUACUUUCAAAAUAAAUCUUUUCCAAUGCCUUGAA